AACUCAUCCCCUGUGAUUGGUUGUGGCUCAGCAUGCUCUAUUGUGCCUCGGGCCGUUUGUUCGCCUGGUUUCCGACACACAAACUAAACUUUCCUGCCAGGCUGGGCAAUACCGGGCUCCGGAGUGUAUUGACAACCCCCCUGUAUUAUUGGAAUUUCUGACUUUUUUCAAAAAGGAUAAUAAAGAAAGGACAGAAGAGAGGACAGAAGAGAGAGGACAGAAGAGAGACAGAUCAGUCAUGUCAGGUGUGCUUGGCAGGAUGUACAGCUUCAUGGGCGGUGGGUUGUUCUGCGCUGGAGUCGGGAACAUACUCCUUAUUAUCUCCACAGCAACUGAUUACUGGAUGCAGUAUCGUCAAUCUAACAACUACAUGCAUCAGGGCCUGUGGCGCUACUGUAUGCCAGGGAAAUGCAUGACACAUACAGAUAGCAUUGCGUACUGGGAUGCCACUCGUGCCUUCAUGAUCCUCUCCCUGCUGGCCUGCUUCCUUGGCAUUGUGAUCGGCGUCAUGGCUUUCAUACGCUCCUCCUCCUUCAGUGGGUUUGACAAGACGUUUGCUGCCGGCAUCCUCUUCUUCAUCUCCUGUUUCUUUGUACUGCUAGCGAUGGCUGUGUACACUGGGGUGACGGUGAACUACUACGGGAAACGAUAUGGGAACUGGCGUUUCUCCUGGUCCUACAUCAUGGGUUGGGUGGCCGUGGUCCUCACUUUCUUCUCAGGUAUUUUCUACAUGUGUGCCUAUAGGAUGCAUGAAUGCCCGAGAAACUCCAACUCCCGCUGAUUUGGAAAAAAAAACCUCAAAUAAACACAGCUGACACCAGGGUUUACACACCAACAGUAGCUACGUCAUUUCUUGUCUACCUGACCACUAUUGAAUAAGCAAUAAAAAGGGUAAAUCUAA